UGGAUGACAACAAGCAUGGCGGCCGAGUUAAGUCAAAACUUGUUGUAUUAAACUCAGCUGGUUUAUAUGAAUACUGGAGGAAGAAAAGUCUUCAACGCAAAACCUCCUGAUAAAGGGAGCUUUCCACUGGAUCAUGAUGGGGAAUGCAAGGAGUUCAUGAUGAAAUACAUGACUUGUCUAAAGAGGAACAGUGGUGACAAUCAUAAAUGCCGACAAGACUCCAAGGACUACCUGGAAUGUAGGAUGCAAAGAGAGUUGAUGGUCGUUGAAGACUUGAGCAAGCUUGGCUUCAAAGAUCUAAAAUUCAAUACACAAAAGAACCAAAAAGAAGCUCAAGAGAAAACCUAGUGAAUGCCUUCCUAAUUACAGUUGUACAGAAUUCAUAUGAAUAUUCUUCGUUAUAUUCGGAUAUGGAUUGAGUGCUUUAGGGACUGGUCAGAAAGUAAGGGGGCAUAAAUAUUUAAUAGUCAAAAGGCAAAAAACUGCUUACCAACUUCUUGUUUUAAGCCCAAUAUACAGGGUUCAUGCUAACUCUUUGAAACUCCUUGAAAACUCCUUGAAUUUAAUUUAUGUUUUCAAGCGCUGUGUUGCUUAAUUAGYUGAACAUACUCCUCGGAAAAUCAUUUUUGGCUUCUUGAACAGUCCUUGAAUUUUGAGUGGAUACUUCAGCACAAACCCUAAAUAUGGUAUAUCCUACCCCUAUAUAAUAGCUUUAAAAAUGACAAGCGAGCUCUAAAAUUUUCACAAGAGCCACCCCUUAUUGGAGACUCAAAAUAAAUGACCUACCUCCCUUUUUUAUGACCCUUUACUUUCCGACCAGUCUCUUAGUUCUUUCCUAAAUUUACACCACUAAUUCCCGAAACAUCCAUGGGUAAAGGUACUAAGCUCCUAGUUGUGUGAAGUGGCAUUGUGGGAUUUGCUUUUUGAAGGUUAUUACUAGCAUGAUUUCUUUUAGAACUUGUCUUUUUUAAACUUCUAUCUCAAGACAAGUUCUAAAAGGCUUACAUGUUUAUGAAGAAACCUGUAGUUUGUUCAUGGUUACCAGCAUUAUCCACAGUCACAGAAGUAUUUUUGUUUAGUCCUUACUGUUUAAAAAAAGUUAAUUAAAGAUGAACAAAAUAUUCA